AUGUUCUGGAGAAAUAACAGUGUUGUGACAGAAUUUAUACUUCUUGGAAUAACCACUCAGCCCAAAACACAAGUUAUAAUUUUCGGAGUUGUGCUUAUUGUUUAUUUUAUCAUAUUGUUUGCAAACUCUCUCAUCAUUUUUUUAACCAUAACAAAUGCCAGUCUACAUAAACCCAUGUAUUUUUUUCUCACCAACCUCUCUUUUCUGGACAUAUGUUAUUCAUCAUCAACUGUCCCUAGAAUGCUGAAAGAUUUGAUGUCAGCCAAGAAAACUAUUUCGUUUACAGAAUGUACAAUUCAAAUGUACAUUUCAUUUUCUUUAGGUGAAAUUGAAUGUAUAUUGCUUGCUAUAAUGGCUUAUGAUCGCUAUAUAGCUAUAUGCUAUCCAUUACACUAUUCUACUAUUAUUAACUGGUCUACUUGUAUCAAGAUGGCCGCUGGAGUAUGGAUAUGUGGAUUUCUUCUCUCAAUUUUCCAUGUGGCACUUACGCUAAAUGGAGUUCUCUGUGAAAACAAUGAAAUAAAUCAUUUUGUGUGUGAGAUUCCGGAAAUACUUUCCCUUCAAUGUGAAAAUUUAUUUUUGAUUGAAUUAACUAUAUUUCUUGUUGGAGCAAUAAUUCUAAUGACUCCAGUAACUUUAAUUGGUGUAUCUUAUGCCAAAAUUAUUCUAACAAUCUUGAAAAUGACAUCGUCUGCAGGACAACGUAAAGCCUUUUCCACUUGUGGAUCUCACAUGAUAGUUGUGAUAAUAUAUUAUGGAUCAUGUAUGGCUUCUUACAUGAAACCAAGAUCUCACUCUUCACCGGGAACGGACAAAAUGAUAGCUAUCUUUUAUUUAAUUGUAACACCAAUGUUGAAUCCAUUGAUUUAUUCACUUAGAAAUAAGGAUAUUAAGGUAGCCAUGAAGAAUUUAAGAGUUUCAAAAAAACCAUAA